AUGGUUUGUCAUUAUACAUGGUCUUGUUAUCUUUCUUGUGCUCAGACGGUGUGCCUUGUCUAUAUAUUAUAUAAGAAAAAACAAAAGAAACAAACAAAUAAACGUUUUUGGGUCCAUACUCUUAACAUGAAAAGGCCACGUGAAGACCAAUUCCAUUUAACGUUUAUGUCAUUAAGAUCUUAUUCAAAUGAGUUCAAAAAAUACUACCGUAUGUCAAUUUCAUCAUUUGAUGAACUGUUAUCACGUAUUAAGUAUAGAUUGCAAAAAGAAAAUACAAUUUUACGCAAUUCUAUACCACCUGAGGAAAGAUUAUCAGUGGCAUUAAUGUAA